CCCUUCCCAUUCAAAGCUCAAAAAGCCAAACAUGUUAGGCAAAAAAAUGGUAUCCUUCAAGAAGCUAGCCAAGAAGGCAAAGGGCAUAAAUGGAGAUAAAUCAGAUGAUACUCAGCAUUCANAUGCUGCUGGACAAGUCCUAUGAUGAAGUCGGAUUCAAGCAGGGGAAGAGACUGGUUGUUCCUUGCAGUGUAUCGACAUUCCAAGAAGUUGUCAAUGCCCUGAAAUGCAGCAAUGGCAAGUUUGAUUUUGGUAAUCUUGUUGAAGAGUUCAUCUAGAAAGAACAAAAAAAUGUGAGGAUUUUUUCAGCUCCUUCGUAUCAGAAUGCAGGAACUAGGAGAUCAGAGUUGUCCACUUCAAAAUAAAAUUUAGACAAAAUCCUGUUUUCUCGUUUUUGUCUUUCUGUAAGUAUUUACAGAAACAAUCUAGAAUGUAAUUAUGAUGGUACCAGAAAAUUGACGAGGGCAGGUUUAGGUGAUUUAAUUGCACUUUGAUUCUCUUCCUUGCUAAUUCUUGCUGCUUGUCCUGAAAUAAUAGAUUUUUUUUACU